AUAAAUAAAAUCUACAAAAAAAAAUGUUUUUCAAAUUUAUUACAAGUGCAGGCAUUUUCACAGCUCAACAGUCUCUACGGUUCAAAAAUUAUCGUAUAAAUAAUGCAUUGAAAUACAUUCCUAAAAGAAGUUACAGCAGCCCUGCUGGUAUGAAAGUUACUAUUUGUGGUGCUGCCGGAUGUACUGGUGAACCAUUGGCUUUACUUCUAAAACAAUGCCCUUUACUGGAUGAAAUAGCGCUCCACGAUGUUUGUGCGACUUGCGGAUACGGCAUGGAACUCAGCCACGUUGAUACUAAAUGUAAAGUGUCCUCUUAUUCUGGAGCUCACAUGUUGUGUGAUGCUCUAAAGGGUGCUCGUGUUGUGGUCAUAGUUGCAAGGCAGGAUGCGGACACUUUUGAAAAUAAUGCUCCAAUAUUGACAGAAAUCACUCUACAAAUUUGUAAUACUUGUCCUGACGCAUUUACAAUAGUAGCGACUGAACCAGUAGAGAGCUUAGUGCCCCUGGUUGGAGAAAUACAAAGACUCCGUUCAAAAUACAACCCAAGGCGGUUGCUAGGGUGCGUGGAGCUGAACUGUGUCCGAGCCAACACUGUAUUGGCUGAUUUCCUCCGAGUACCACCGGAGUCUGUCAGAGUGCCCGUCGUGGGAGGAGCCACGGCGCAGACUAUGGUCCCUGUGCUGUCUGCUGCUGUUCAUCCUUGCAAAAUGAGUCAAGAACAGGUUGAAUGUGCGACUUCAUGUAUUAUGAGUGGAACUGAAGCUAUUUGCGCGGCAAAAGGUUGUUGUACAGCAACAGCAUGCUUAUCUGGUGCAUACGCCGUAGCUAGAACCACAAUUAACGUAGUGAAGGGACUUCAAGGAAACCCUAAAGUGAUACAGUGCGCUUACGUAGACAGUUUGGGUACUUGUGCACCCAAUUGCCAAUUUUUUGCAAGUGAGGUUGUUUUAGGUCCAUCUGGUAUAGAAAAGAAUCUUGGUAUUCCUGAACUGUCUAAAUUCGAAAAUUGUCUUUUGUGUAACUGUCUACCUUAUGUCCGCAACGAAAUAGCGCGCGCUAUAUGGCUGGUAUACACAAUGUGCCAGCAAUGCUGCUGCGGCACGUGCAUAGCGCACCCGGGCACGUGCUACACGCCGCCCAUCGUGCCAUGCGUGCCGCCUGUAAAUUGGACCUGCGAUUGCCCUGAUGCUUGCCGCGACGAGUAUCUUGCUUCGAUAUGCCGCGAAAUGACAUGCCAGUGUGGCAGCCGGGAGCUCUGCUGGCGUCCCCGCGAGGCCGAGUUCGACGCAAAGCGCGCCACCAACCUCACGCACCAGAUGCCGCUUAAGAGCCCCGCGUGUUCCCUCCGAACUGUCCCGAGAAGUGUCCUCAUUGAACAACAGAUGAGGAAGCAGGCUUCGAAACCGCGUGUGUAACUAGAGAAAAUACUGCAAACUUUCUAGAAGAAUGCAAUGUCUAUUGUGCUUAUUUUUUUAAGAUGUAAAAUUGUGCUUUUGAUUUGUAGUUUCCAGAACCUUUUGUAACCCCCUUUUGUCUUAAGCUCAGUUGAAUUUUCUUCAUUUCACAAAAUAUGAUUUUUACUUAUUUUUGUCAAACGCAAUAAAUAUAAAGUCUUAUAUUAAGAUCGAGAGUAAU